AGCACUUCAAGAUCAAGUGCUCCCCAGUUCUCGACUUCUCGUCCAGAAAGAAAGACAAGGGAUCAAAGAACCAACCAUGAUCAGCGCCAAGAGGAUCGCUCAGCUGGCCAAGAAGUGGCAGAGGAUGGCGCCGCUUGGGAGGAAGCGCCUUACCUGGCCAAAGGAAGCCGACGAGUGCUGCACCUCUGUGGCGAGCAAGGGCCACUGCACGGUGUACACCGCCGACGGGACGCGGUUCGAGGUGCCGCUCGCCUUCCUCGGCACUGCGGUCUUCGCGGAGCUCCUGCGGAUGUCGCAGGAGGAGUUCGGCUUCGCGGGCGGCGACGACGGCAGGAUCACGCUGCCCUGCGACGCCGCGGUCAUGGAGUACGCCAUGUGCUUGCUCAGGAGAGGCGCCUCUGCCGAGCUAGAGCAGGCGUUCCUGAGCACCAUGGCGAUGCCGUGCCACCAUGCGAGCAGUGUGGCACCGUAUGUGGCAGCUUGCUGUUAGUUGCAGCUGCAUAACAUCACUGUAGGUAGUACGACAAAGAGAAGCGUUAUUCAGAACCUUCUGAUCCUUCAAGCGAUGAAGGAAGGUGGCUAUUAGUGUAAUACACUUUUACAGUUUA